AUGUCGCCACCAGACGAUAAGCCUCUUACGGUCUCUGCAGAGGAAAUCAAUUGCCUCAUCCAUGCGUACUUGGAGGACUCCGGUUUCAUGCACACCGCCUAUACGAUACGAAAUGAAGCUCAACUUGACAACAAUCCAUAUUUCGAGAGACACAUUCCACGUGGAGAGCUCAUCGACCUUCUUACGAAGUCACUCAUGUAUAUGGAAAUAGAGGAGCAUUGGGACGGUAGCGCGCUGAAGCUGGAUUGUAAGAGCGGGUUUUCCUUGCUGGAGCCACAUCAAUGCCAGUCCGAUUCCCCUCGAGAACCUGCUCAGAAUGGCGAGCAAAUAUCAGGGCAAGAAGUUUCUUCUCAAAACCAGGUGGAUGAGGACCAUGAGAUGGAGCUGGAGUCCACAAUAAAGAGGAAGGCCGAUGUUACUUUGGAAACAAAUGGUCGGGUGGAGAAACGGCCAAGGUUCGAGUCAGAGCCACCUCCGGCCACUGUGGCAGAUGAGGCACAACCAACCGACCAGAUCCCAGACGUAAAACCUGAAGAGACUGCAACUGAGGCAACGUCAAAGGCACCGAAAUUCAACCGCAAUGCUGGUCCUGCAGACGAGUCGACACCUCCAGACGCUAUACAGCUGCUACAAGGACAUGAAUGUGAAGUGUUCGUUUGUGCAUGGAAUCCAACCAAGAUUGGGCUACUUGCCACGGGGUCGAAGGAUGCCGUGGUGAAUAUCUGGAAAAUCCCUGGACCCCCUCCCGAUGGAUCAGGGGUCUCACCGCACUGCUCAGAGGCUCCCUUAAAGCUAGCACAUUUUGCGAAACCGGAAUCUGCAGACCUCACAUCGCUUGACUGGAAUCCCGAUGGGACACUGCUGGCUAUCGGGUCGUACGACGCCAUCUUGAGAGUCUGUGAUACCAAUGGAAGGUUGUAUAUGACGAGUGAGCUCCACGAGGGACCUAUAUUCGCGACGCGAUUCUCCCCGGAUGGUCAAUGGCUGUUGACCGCGAGCUUAGACGGAACUGCAUGUCUAUGGAAUGUUAGAACGAAGAUCUUACGUCAUCGGUAUAGGUGUCAUCUGGACUGUUGCCUAGACGUAGACUGGAUCAAUGCGAACACUUUUGCAAGCUGUGGAGCCGAUAAGCUAAUCCAUAUACUCAAGCUUGGAGAGGAUAAGCCCAUCUGGUCAUUCACCGGACAUACCAAUGAAAUCAACCAGAUAAAAUGCAACCCACGCCGCACUCGAAUAGCAUCGUGUUCCGAUGAUAAGACGGCACGAGUAUGGAACUUGGAUUCUGCUUUGGCUCAUCGCGACCCUAAUAGACCCAUGCUCCCGGCGGACAAUAAUUGCGUCACUUUGAAGGGGCAUAGGGGUAAUGUCAGCAGCGUAGAGUGGUGUCCUCAAGUGAGCAACACGAACGAGCUAUUGGCAAGUUCGGGUUUCGAUGGGUCCGCUCGGUUAUGGGACUCUGUGACGGGAGAUUGUCUCAAAGUCUUCCAAGACCACAAACGGCCGGUCUACGCGCUGUCCUUCAGCCCAGAGGGCAAGUGGCUUGCCACUGGGAGUGGAGAUGGCUGGUUACACAUAUACGAUGUUCAGACGGCCCAGAGGAAGUGGUCAUGGUAUGCUGGCGUGGACAAGCCAGGCGUCUAUGAGAUAGACUGGCAAAGGACUGGUAAUGUUAAUAGAAUUGCCAUAGCGUUGGAAUCGCGGAAUGUCGGGGUCAUUGAUGUUACGAGGAUACAAGUGCUGCAAGACAACUGAAGUAUGCUGAUAUGUUGUGCUGUGGACAUACGGGACGGUUAUUACAUAUAUCAUUAUUAGUAAUUGUAACCUCUACGCCAGGCAUACUACAUCUGCAUAGCACUAUGGUACAUACUUACUCGAG